UUAAAACUGACAGAUCGAUCAUGUCGUAUUUCAGACAAUUUAAACAUUUUUCCAAUGUUCUGAUACGAAUACCACCUCUAUUUAUAAUUGAUAGUUUAUUGAAUGGUUCAUUGUUGAAAGUUGUAUAUCAGAGUGUUCAUCCAGAGUAUAGUUUGUAUCCAAUAACCACAUGGACACAGUUGUUUCAAUGGCUAGCUACGUCUUUCACCAUUUUAGUAUUAGCAGUGAUGUUGUUUGUUGCAGCCAGAAAUCAUUUGAUAGAACUGUACAACUAUGUAUUGGUGGGUGUUAUACUGAUGGUGUCAUAUCACUGGAAUCUAAACUUUGUUGUUACAAUUUAUAAAGAAGAAGUGGAACAGAAUGAGCCAUAUCAUAAAGAUUUGUAUGAUAUACUUCAGUCAGACUUCAAUGGUAUAAUGAAAAAUAUCAUUAUUCAAAUCUGUGUAGCAGUUGCAUUUUUGACUGCUUGGGAGUUCCGUCAAACAAGCUUGAGGAGAAGCUACGUAUACUUAGAAGGUGAUAUACUGAAUACUUUACUGAAAUCAGCAGUAUCAUUCUCAAUGAUAUUCCCAAUCAUUGUGAGAGCUAUUUAUCAAGAUUUUAUUGUUCUUCUCUGGUCACCAGUACUGUCAAUGAUUAUACCAUUGGCAAUUUUAGUCAAGCACAUUAUGGAUUCAUUGUCAACAUUACGUAGAUUUACAACAAGAAUUGUGCUCCUUACUAAAAUGAAAAUACAUAAUUUAGGGAUUCAGACCUUUUUAGAAGAACAAUGGAUUCGUCUUCAAGUACCAAGAGUCCUUCGUAUGUUUUGGAUAUUACGUCUUACAGUUCAAGUAAGCCUACUGUACUCAAGAAUAUCUCAGGAUGAUUUUGAUGAACUAGAUCAAGAAAAUUUAGGGAAAUUCUUUUUGAAGAAGUUAUUGGCUGAUAGCUGUGACACAUUUGUAUCAUUAUUAGGCCUAACAAGUAUUAUCUCAUAUAUUGCUCAUUAUAUUGGUCUCUUUAUGGCAUUUUGUGUGGGAUCAAACACAGAAGAGGAUCGAAGCAUGGGGACUGUGUCAGCCAUUUUGUUUUUCAUCCUAGCCUUACAAACAGGUCUCACAGGACUUGAUCCUGACAGUCGCCUAAUUCGAUUGGCCAAAAAUACUUGCCUACUAUUUACAGCAAUGGCACAUUUUGUUCACAGUAUGAUUCAUCCAGUUCUGAUGUCUUUGAGUGCAUCUAAGAAUCAGAAUGUUAUCAGUCAUGUCAGGGUUCUUUCAAUGUGCCUUUUCUUGAUCGUUUUUCCAAUAGUGUUACUUAUAUAUCUUUGGAGUCAUUACACUGCUAAUACAUGGCUGUUAGCAGUCACUGCAUUCAGUAUUGAAGUUAUGAUGAAAGUCUUUUUCUCCUUAUUGACAUACAUUUUAUUUAUGGUUGAUGCAUACAUGGAUGUAUUUUGGGAGAAGUUAGAUGACUAUGUCUACUACAUCAAAGCAACUGGAAAUACAAUGGAGUUUAUGUUUGGCAUUUUUCUUUUUUGUAAUGGAGGUUGGAUAAUUAUCUUUGAAUCUGGUGGUAUUGUUCGAGCUGUUAUGAUGUGCAUACAUGCUUACUUUAAUAUAUGGUGCCAAGCCAAAGAAGGCUGGAAAGUGUUCAUGAAGAGGAGAACUGCUGUUCAUAAAAUAAAUUCACUUCCAGAAGCUACAGAAGAACAGUUGGAAGAAUUAGACGAUGUUUGUGCCAUAUGUUAUCAAAGUUUAACAAGUGCAAGAAUUACUCAUUGCAAUCACUACUUCCAUAAUGUUUGCCUGAGAAAGUGGCUUUAUGUUCAGGACAAUUGUCCACUUUGUCAUAAGCUGAUAUAUCAGCCUGUUGUUAGUACUUUAGCCAAAACAGAUUCUUCACAAAAUAUAGAACAACAGGCACAGAAUCCACAAUUACAAGAACAUUUAAGACAAGAGUUAGAAGAACAGCAGGUUCUGAAUCUGGGUAGAGAUGGUGCUGCAGAACAGUGAACUGAUAUGAUAUUCAUAUUGCUAUUUAUUUUCAUAAAAUUCUGCAGUCAUUAUGUAAAUGGAAAGCUGAUUUUUUCAAACUCGUGUUGCUUGAGAUGUUGAAUUGAAUGUAUUGAAUAAUUAACUCAUUUUCAAGAUUAUAAAUAAGCUGUCUGAUACAUGAAUGCACAUUACACAGGUUUUGGGUUACUUUAUUCGGAUUUCAUUGCAUUUUUUCAAGAAGGUUUUGUAGAUUCAUUUUUCAUGGUUCACAUACAUUUUGUAUGCAAGUUUUCAUAUACAUGUAUGUACAUUUACAUGUUUUUCGUGGAAGUGUACAAAAUGUUUUAAAAAUGCAAAAUUGAAUAUUCAGCAAAAUGAGUUUUCAGCUUUUUUUAAAAUUUUAAAUUAAGAAAAAAGGUUAGAGUAAUUAGUUUCAGUCACAGUAUCAAUUUUUUUUCUCCAAAACUUUAAUAGAAAUAACAAAGGAAAUCAGUGAUUCAAAUAUCAGGUAAGUUGUAAGAGAUUUAUAUACGCAUGCUUGUAUGAUUACAUGAUAUGUCAUAAUAUUGUUUAUUUUUAGUACAGGCUU